GAUAAUAUUCGGGUACAGUGGAUAAGGUCACUGGAGAACACUAGUGACUGAGACGCCAGGACAAUGGUGAUUGCUCCUACAAACUUCAACGGCAGCUAGAAGAUGGCGGUAGCUACGAUAUCAGUGCUCGACACUGAUAGCUGCUCCGUUUACUAAUCGAUCAUUCCGGGUGUCGGGAGUCGGUGCAAAGUAGAUGCAAGUUGGUGUGCCUAUUUGAGAGGACGCAUACUGUACAAGGACACUUGGGAGCAAAAGAAGUGUUUCUAAGAUAUGCGGGUGUGUGAAAAUAACUGUUGCUCCUGCAUAAGCAACCCGUGAUACAGGUGUUUCAGCACAAGAUGCUAGUUAAAAUUGUGUCUUGAAAAAUGUUGAGAACCAACGACAGCCACUCAUCGAAACGAAACGGUGUUUGAAACGUCCAACGAUACCUUCGCGUCGUUGCAGUACCGCGCCGAGUGGUUACGAUUAUGAUGAGAUAACAAACGCAGAAUGAAAUACAGUGGCAGUAACCUUCUUGGUUAUGCAGUUUACGCGUUUAUUCAAUUUUUUAACGUUAUUCAUGCAGAAAGCGGUGUUACCUGCAAAGAUCAACAAGGACGAUCCUAUGAAAAUACUUUUAUGUACAUUCCUGGUCCAGAACCCUGUACAUUUUGCGUAUGUGAUAAUGGCAAUCCAAAAUGGUGUAAAGCACUUCUUUGCAAUGCAGAGGAAUUUUGUAAACCUUCCCGGCAUAUUUGUUGCCAGUAUAUUUGUAUGGAUGAUACAUUGUUAUCUGUACCAAAUGACAAAACUGAUAGCAUUGGUAGCAACACGACAGAUGCAAUCACGCAUUAUGAUAUAGGAUUACGAUCUGUUGCUAGUUUUGUAACAGCUGUGUUAUCAUUGAGCCUGCUAUUUUUUUUAAUACACCGUUUGCGCCAAAGAAAGAUACGAGUUUGUGUGGCAGGGAGACAAAACAGACAGUUAGCAGAGGACCAAAGAAAUCUAGGUAGUAUGGGAUAUUUAGAAAGAGAUGGAUUAUCACAUGGUGUACCUAUGGAUGACAUUCCAUGUGGAGCUAGUUAUGCAUUAUGGAAACCACCCAACAAUUACUUUCCACGUGGUGAGGCUCCACCACCUUAUGAGGAGGCAGUAGCAGCAGCACGAGCGGAACAAGCUCUUUUAUCGAUGAAUCCACAAACACUUCCACAACUAAAUUUUCCAAACACCUAUCUUCCAAACACUAAUAGUCGUACAAGUAUAUCAUUUGUAGGAAGUACACAAAGUGGUAUAAAUGGCAAUUCAUCAACAUUAAUUUGCGACAGUGGCAUAACGGAUCAAACUGGUUUAAUCUCAACACCAAGUAGACCAAUAUCAAAUCCGAACAUAUAUGCUAGUUAUCGUCAAUCGAAUCAAAAUGAAACGUUAUCCCCAGGUGUUAGUGUAGGAACUUCUACGACGAGUUUCACAAUGGGAACGAGUACUUACGAGAAUUUACCUACUCCCAUUGGGAUUCCAAACUUUGUUAAUCAGCGUCCUGAUGUAAUUGCACAACCUUUAUCUAACUUACAAUCUGCUAUUCCAAAAGGUUAUCAAACGCAUACUACUCUUCCUCGUCAAACUGGAGCGUUUACAAUAUCUGCAACUUUACCGAAUUCCAAUGUGACUGCACAUCGUACGAUUCCUAGGACUUUAACAACUCGUACUGGUGCAAAGUUACAAGAUAUUAUAAAUGAUUGCACACAGAAAGAAUUUUUACGCCCUACAAUAAUGGCAGAUCUUACCACGCCGAAUUUGCCACAUUCUACACAACAAAAUGCUGUAACUAAAAUGGAAAAUACGAAUCCAAAUACAUUUUAUGAAGACAUGCAAAUACAGCCUCCCUCUGCAUCUUCUUCGGGAUUGCAACAGAUUGAAAGACAACCAUUAGAUCAUAAAAUGGAAACAUCUCAUGAUUUUAAGCCGCCAUUGAAUAUAGCAAAUGGAAUUAAUGAAGAAGGAAGUUUUGAAUCAGUAGCAUGCACUUGUAGCAUGCAAGCUCUUUCUACUCUUCACGACGAUACAGAUGAUUAUAGAAGCGAAUGUGAAAAUUGCAAGAGUGCAACAGGUUCUCGUUAUUACUUAGAUAACGAAGAUGAAUUAAUAACUUCUCCCCAUGAAACUAUGACGUUACAUAGAAGACCAGAUGAAACAGCUUCGAACGCUACUCCUCAGUAUUACAGAACUUCACUCACACUGCCUAUAAGUACCCGUCAACGAACAAGGAGCACUGGUGUCCGAGAAAAUUGGUUCAACCCUAUGCCUCAAAGUUCCACAGAAUCUUCAGAUGAAAAUUAA